AUGGAAAAGUCCGAUAUCCAGCCGGUAGUUCAUAUUGGUUUCUCCAUCCUCUUUCUCAGUCUCGCUUUGGCCCUACCAUACUGGCCUUGUGGUACCAUUUUGACAUCCUGCAUGAAUUCGCCAAGGAGCAAUGCCUAUCUCGUUGUGGGGGCCCUCCUUGCCAGCGCCCUCGCCCUAGAACUCGUGGCCAUCUUACUCGCCGUUAUAAGCUGUGCAUCGUCCUUGAAGAACCUCUCCCUACCUUCCUUUAUACUGAACUGCAUUGCAAGCAUUCUGGUCUUGGCUGCCGUGUCAUAUUACUACGCCAGGUUGGAUAACACCUACAGUCCCAUGAUGGCGGUGAUUGGAAUGACCUACGCACGGGCCAAGCUACUAUUAAAGUGGUAG